ACUGAUGUAAAUGAACUGUGUUGCACAAUCUGUAAAGUCAUCUGUGUGUUUAAGGGCAGGACGUUUGGAGCAUUGACGUUAUAUUGGCUUAAAUGAGUCGAAGAAACAGCUUUUAUCACACACGCGUAAGACAUGAGGUCAUUUAGGAGGCACUUUUUUUUUUUAAGUGGCGUAGCAGUGAGUGUCGUGCUCUCAAUGACUUAUUCGCGCGUUUUAAGGAUGCCUUCGUGUGCUGUGAACGACUGCAAUGUGUCUGCUGAGCAACAUACAGUAGCUGAGAACAGAAGUGCUGUGCCGGGGUCCAGCCAGAAGGUCCGAGUGCUGUGCUGGGUAAUGACUCAGCCCACACACCUGCAGUCCAGGACCCAACAUGUUCGUGCCACAUGGGGCAAGCGCUGCAACAUGGUUCUGUACAUGAGCUCGGAGGAGUCCGAUUUCCCCACGGUAGGGCUCAACGUGACAGAAGGACGCAGUCAACUCUACUGGAAGACCAUACGGGCCUUCCAGCACAUCCACGCGCACCAUCUGGAGGAUGCUGAUUGGUUCCUCAAAGCUGACGAUGACACAUUCGUUGUCCUUGAGAAUUUACGCUACACUUUGUCAAAGUACAACACGGAGGAGCCGCUGUAUUUUGGACGUAGGUUCGCACCGUUUGUCGCACAGGGCUACAUGAGCGGAGGAGCCGGGUACGUCCUAAGUAAGGAAGCUCUGAGGAGGUUCGUGAAGGGUUUUGCUGAUGGCCUUUGUACACACGACACGGAAACUGAGGAUGUUGGUUUGGGAACAUGCAUGGAGACGAUGAAAGUUCAGCUGGGUGAUUCAAGGGACGUUUUAGGGAGACAAACUUUUCAUCCUUACCCUCCAGAUCAUUACCUGCCCAGACAGACACUCAGACCACGACCCUGGCACCUCCUCUAUGAGCAUUACCAACCCAUUGAGGGCCCUGGAUGCUGUUCAGAUUUAGCAAUCUCUUUCCACUACAUAGACGCAGUGCAAAUGCACACUUUAGAGUAUUACACAUAUCACCUACGCCCAUAUGGAUAUAAAUACAGAUUUAAGCCAGAUUAGCACUCGAACAACAGAAAUGACAUCUAAAAACAAGUAAUGUAAUCUUUAGUGAAAUUUAUUGAUACGUGUAUACUUUACUUCACUGUACCAUUAAAUGUAUGUUAUAGUUAUUGCUCUAUACAAUAUUAAAACAAGUUUUACAAAGUUACAGACUAACAACUUUAUUUGUACUAAACAUUCAUUACAAUAGCUUUAGAAAACACAGAGGUUUGCUUCAUCGUAGUCGUAAAAAUACAAGACAAGAAAAACAGGUUAAUACAGAUUUCGGGUGUCAUUCAUUUAUAAAGGAAAAAAACUGUAUGUUUGAUUGUAAUGCGUUUAAGAAUUGAUCUGAGGAGUCUUGAUUACUACAAAAGAAACAUGAGUAAUGAAACAUGGAUAAACGUUGUUGAAAUAAUUGAUGGAAAUUAUGUUAUUCAUACAAUAUAAUACAAAUUUAACAUACAAUACUAUCCCUAAGAGUUUAACACAGAUGUGUGAUGUUAUUGAUCAGUGCUAGAAGUGGGUCGAUGCUGUCCUGUACACAGUAUUAGUUAUGCUGUGCAGUGCUUUUUUACAGUAUAAAGCAGGGACAUGUUAUUAGCUUCUUACAUUAGCGUUGGUUAAAAUUAAAAUGCACGUAUAAUUCGUUCAAAUAAAAUAAAAAUAGGCAUGUGUAUCUACGCAUUAAAUUUAUGAAAUGUAGCAGUGAAUGGGUGCCGCCAGAACACAGCUUAGUCCAAACAGCUGAUAAAAACAUCACAAGUAAUCCAUACCCCUCCAGUCCAUCAGUGAACAACUUGUGAAGUGAAAAGCUGCAUGUACAAAAAAUGCAUUAGAAAGACUAUUUCAGUUUUUUUAUUUCAAUUUACUCAAUUUACUUAAAUUAUGCGUAAUAUUGCUUUCCUCAGUGAAAAAUGUCUGAAUCAGGAGAGAUGUAUGCACAAAUCAUGCCCUACUUACUAAUGAUCCAAACAUCAGUAGAUGGACUUCAUCAAUGGAAGAAGAGGAUUAUGGGCGGAUAUUUUUGAUGGUUUAAAGUUAAAACAUCUUGAUGGAUUUGUUUCAUACAAAAAC